AUGAAGGUGAUCGCUGCGUAUUUGCUGGCUGUUUUGGGAGGGAACACAAGCCCCUCCGCUGAAGAUAUCAGGAACAUUCUUGCCUCCGUUGGAGCUGAAGCUGAUAAUGAUCAUAGGAUUGAGUAUUUUAUUUCGCAAGUUGAGGGCAAAGACAUGGCAGAACUUAUUGCUGCAGGGCGGGAGAAGUUAGUCUCAGUGUCUUCUGCUUGUAGUGCCGCAGUAACCGUCCCUGCAACCACCGCUGAUGUUGGUGCUGCUGCUGCUGAGCCAAACAAAGAGGAAAAGGUGGAGGAGGAGGAGGAAGAAGAAGGAGAAGAAGAAGAUAUGCUGUUCAGUAUCUUUGAUUAA